CCAGCGAGCCAGCGAGCGCUGAUACAUUAAGGCAUUUGUGAAUGGCUUUGGCUUGCAUUUUGAGAGAAAUUUGAUCUAUUUGGAAAAUCAAUAUCCCCGCACACUACCCUAAUUCCUUUCGGCAACAUGUGCAGACUGAAUUCAAUGAAUAUUUUGUAGCAAGAAGCGCAUUCAGUAAAACCCCGCUAAAGAAACAUGAUGAACAGUUUUCACCAAGUCCAAUUCCGGCUCACGCUCGACCAAUUUCAAAAGACUUCAUAACUCCUUCGUGGAAUGAAGGCAGGAAGGAAAAUGAAUGCCGAGUCAAUUCCACUCCAGGUAGAACUGAAAAUUACUCACACAAGCAACGCGCAAGAGUAUUAGCAUUUUUCAUGUGUAAUCAUUUCAAUGACCAUGUGUUCCUACGAGUACAUAGUCCAAUCGUGCAUCUUCAGCUUUAUUGUUUUGCUUUGCAAUUGUACCUCGGCUAGUUCCGAUGAGCCUUUUUCGACCUUGUGUCCUGAGGGAGAUUCUGGAACACGUGCCAAAAGCCCAGAACACCAUCCCGAGGAGGAUACCUUCGAGGAUGUCGCUGGUUUUAAGGUCCAAUGGAAUGACCCCGAGGACGGCUGGGACGAGGAAAAGCGAGAGGACUUGCUUUUGAUACAUUCCAAGAACCUGCUUCAGCCCAGAUAUGUGCCCAAGUUGACCAAAACGGGAUAUCGCAAAAUCAAGAUCCCCGAUGAACUCUACGAAUUCCUCUUGGAGCAACGCAACAUCUUCGACCUCUCAUGGGAGAAUUGCGGUCAUGGAGCUCAUCAAAACUGUGAUCGCCGUCUUGACGGGGACAAGUUCGAGUCCAAGGAAAAUGUGCAACUCGUCGGGUCGCGCAGGCCGAAUCUCGUGAAAAAAGUGGUCCAGCAGACGCUCGAGCCAUUAUUGGAAAAGUGGAGUGGCAUCAAACUGACGCCCACGUUGGUUUAUGGAUUCCGUCGAUAUUUGCGUGGAGCGUGGCUGUCUCUUCAUGUGGACCGACUCCACACCCACGUUGUGAGUGCCAUCCUACAAGUGGACCAAGAUGUGGAUCAACCAUGGCCUUUGUAUCUGGUCGAUCAUGAGGAUGUCACUCAAAAGAUAUAUCUGGAACCUGGGGAGAUGUUGUUUUACGAGAGUGCCAAACUUCCCCAUGGCCGACCAGAGCCGUUCAACGGACACUACUUUGACAAUAUCUUUGUCCAUUUUAAACCUCAAAAAGCCAUUUGGUAUCAAGAGGAUCUGUUUGAGGGCCAUCAAGAAAGACCCCCACCACCCAAAUGGACCAAGAAAGAUCUGAUCUGAAUAGAGCUAUUAAAUUCA